UUUUAGGUAAAAUGCCACAAAAUUUGUUACCCAAAUUUCCCAUUUCUCCCUUUUUUGUUACCCGCUGAUUACUCCCUAUUCUUCUCAUCUUCGUCGUGCCCUAAAUCCCCCAAAUAACUCUCAAAAUUUACCCCCAAAUUUCCCAUUUCCAGCAACACAAGUCAAUACACGUACACCAAUCACACUUCUUUUUCAUUUUCAUUUCUUCAAAGGUAGUAGUAGAAAGGGGAGUUCUAGGAAAUUUGGUCGAGAUUCGGCUGAGAAGAAAGAGCCAAUGCUCAUGCUAGGGUUUUGUUGAUUGUUUGAUUUUUAUUGUUUUGUUUAUGUGCUUUUACAGAUUUUAAUCUGAAGAAAUCUUAGCUUCGCUUUUACAACAAUGGAGCGCAAGACUAUUGAACUAGAUCAGGGAUGGGAUUAUACGAAGAUUUUGAUUUUAUAAGAGUAUAAUAAUUGCGCUCAAGUCGUCAAAUUCAUAUUUUGCGAUGGGUAUUGUAUAGAUUAUUAUUUAAGGAUUGGCUCGAUUCCGAUUUCAUCACCAUUUUCAUAUCUCAAGUGAUCUCUCUGUAACCGCUUGCUGUUAAAUUUUAUAGAAGACACGUCCGCCAUUACUUUCCCUUCAUAUUUGGUUUAAUAUAUUGAUAGUUGGAAACUAAAAACAAAAUGGGAAGGAUAUUCAUGAUCACUCUUGAAGGAUGCGUUUAUAGCUGCAAGUACUGCUUUACCCAUCUGGCUCUCCUUGACGACAUUAUUUCUAAGUCUUUCCACUGCGGGCAUGGAAAGGCUUAUCUCUUUGAUAAGCAUGUUACUGCUGAAGGUACAGCCUUGGUUCAACAGGCAGAAGAUGCUGCUUCAAAUGCUCCGGCUGUGCAGGAACAGGUCUGUAUAAGGAAAAUAAUCAAGCUGCACGACAAGUAUAUGGCAUAUGUGGCCGACUGUUUUCAAAACCAUACUCUCUUCCACAAGGAAAAAUCAACUACACUAGAUUGCGGUCCAAGAACAAUUUGCAGGAGGCACAUAAUGACUAGCUCCUACCUCUACGAAUGCUUGUGGGAGGCAUUGCAGCAGCGAAUAAGGAUUAUAACAUGCAGUUGACACCGUAUGUGCUAUGAAUCCGAAUUCAGGUUGACUUUUAGAUAUUUUAUGUGCAAAAAAGUAUUAGAGUGUCUUAUGUUUGUAUGUUAGUUAAGCAGAUUAUAGAUAGAACCUGCAGUAGGAUCAAAUAAUUAGUUGAUCAAAAGCUACACCCUAUUUUGUAAUCGUCUACUUGCACUUUUGCAUAUACUUAAUAAUAAUCUCGUGUCAACUAAUUAUUCUAA